AUGAACUACCCGUCCGAACACGAGAGCUCCAGUCCUUUAGGUUUAUACGGCGGUCACCAAAGUAUGGCCGGAGAUAUGUCACUGACAGGCAAUCACGUGACUCACGCACAUCACAUGAGUCUGAAGUUGGGCUCAACACAUAUGGGGGGCAAAGGUGUGGGAAGAGGCGGAGGGACUGGCGGUCAUCCGCAAAGUGUGGAGCAAAGGAUUAGAAGACCGAUGAAUGCAUUCAUGGUUUGGGCAAAGGCUGAGCGCAAGAGACUGGCGGACGAGAACCCGGACCUGCAUAACGCCGAUCUCAGCAAAAUGCUCGUGAUCGUUUGCAUCACUUAUAGCACUGACACAACCACUCAGACCUAUCAUACCUAUCAUACCCUCUCAACCACUCUCUUUAAGCCGCUAUUACGGCACACAAUCGCUAAGGAGUUGUAUUACUCGUUAAUGUAA